CUUCAGCCCCGGUGCUCGAGGGGAUAAGUUGGUGUGUGUUUGUGUCAGUAAACAAACAUUACACUCGGUAUUUUAUCAAAGCUUUAGAUGCGACAACUCACAAUGAAAGCCUGGAUUUAUCUAGGCCUACUUCUCCUGAGCUUACAUGGCGCCUCGGCAAUGACUCACUCUCUGAAGUAUUUCUACACUGCCUCUUCUCAAGUCCCAAACUUCCCAGAGUUUGUGGUUGUUGGGUUGGUUGAUGAAGUUCAGAUGGAUUAUUGUGACAGUAACACCAGGAGAGCAGAACCCAAACAGGACUGGAUGAGCAGAGUCACAGAGGAUGAUCCUCAGUACUGGCAGAGACAGACUGAGAACUGUCUGGGUGCCCAGCCGGUCUUCACAGCCAACAUUAAAAUUCUAAAGCAGAACUUAAACCAAACUGGAGGUGUCCACAUUUACCAGUCGAUGUAUGGUUGUGAGUGGGACGAUGAGACUGGAAACACCAAUGGAUAUGCGCAGUUUGGUUAUGAUGGAGAAGACUUCAUAUCAUUGGACCUGAAGACAGAGACAUGGAUCGCUCCUAAACCACAGGCUGUCAUCACCAAACACAAGUGGGACAAUGAAAAAGCUAUGAUAGCAGAGUGGAAACUCUACCUCACUCAGCAUUGUCCUGACGGGCUGAAGCAGUAUGUGGACUAUGGGAGGA